UGAAUUUAGCAUUAGUUUCCUUGUGAUUGAGGGAAAAGAUGACGAAGGAUUAGAUUUAUUUAUAGUUGUGGUAUUUUUGUUACAACUGUACAUGAGUAGUUUUUUGGCUGAUAGUAUAAAGUCCAAAGUGAAUUUGUAAUAUUCCGUUGAAUAUUGUGUGGAUCUGAUACCAUUUGCUAAUAGGUUGGUCCCAUGAGUAUUGGCGGCUUCAUUUAUUUUCGAAUUAUAAGUGCACUUGAGGUGGAUCAGCAUUAAAAAUUCAGAGACAUCUUCUGUACUUAUGGUGGAUUGACAUCUGCAUCUUUGUCGUCGUAAUUUAAGUAUUUUGCUGCUACUGCGUCAAUUCUUGGUUUCUCAUAUUCCAUAUAUAUAUAUAUAGACGCACACAUAUGUGAGAAAGUCGACAUAUGAGGAUUGUUCAUUUUGGUUGGAAAAGGUGAGGUUAUAUCAGAAGCCACAAUAGCAUGAAUUUGUAUGACAAUCGACUAACCCGUGACCUUCCCUACUCCGAUGGGCUGCUUUCACUCUAAAUCUCCAAAACACGCCCCUGGUUAUGAGGAGCCCAAUAUCCUCGCUGCUGAGACACCUUUUUCUGUCAGUGAAGUAGAGGCUUUAUACGAACUGUAUAAGAAGAUAAGUAGCUCCAUAAUUGACGAUGGCCUCAUUCAUAAGGAAGAAUUCCAGCUUGCUCUCUUCAGGAACAGAUACAAGAGAAAUCUGUUUGCGGACAGGGUAUUUGAUAUUUUUGACUACAAACGCAACGGAGUGAUUGAAUUUGGAGAAUUUGUCAGGUCGUUAGGAAUAUUUCACCCUAAUGCAUCAGUUGCAGAGAAAGUUGCAUUUGCAUUUAGAGUGUAUGAUCUGAGGAACACGGGUUUCAUUGAAAGGGAAGAGUUGAGAGAAAUGGUAUUGGCACUAUUACAUGAAUCGGAUGUAGUUCUUUCGGAGGAAUAUAUUGAGAUGAUCGUGAACAAGACAUUUGAUGAGGCAGAUAAGAAAGGCGAUGGAAAGAUUGACCUAGAUGAGUGGAAGGAAUUUGUAUCCCAAAAUCCAUCCCUUAUCAAGAAUAUGACACUUCCAUAUCUAAAGGAUAUAACACUAGCAUUUCCUAGCUUCGUGGUAUGCUCUGAAGUUGAAGACUCCGACUUGUGAACUCGCGUUUUGGCCUAAGCGUCUCACCUGGAGAUGGAGAUUAAUUAUGAACUCCAUACAGGACCACUACCUUGUAUGGAAUGGCGAUCGAGUAAGUUGUACAUGGCGAAGAUUGCACAGAAGAAGGAUUCGUACAAUCGGAGGCGGUGGCGACGUCUUAGUGAAGGAAGGCCUUGUUAAGUUGAUUUGUGAUUUGCAGAAAGUGAGAAGCUUGCAGGUUUUCCCCAGAAUUCCAGAUGAGUAUGAAGAUGAGAAUUUUUCUUUUUCUUUUUUUGUUGUUCUUGUUUUAUGUGUACAACUUAUUGUAUAGGUUAUGCUUAGGUGUUUUUUCUUGUUGUUGUUGUUUCUUUUUUUAAAAGAAUUGAGAAUGUGCUGUGUAGAGGAAAUCCUUGGUCCAAUAUUUCUAGCACAUAAUAAAAUUAGAGGAGGACUAUUUUUGUUAUUGCUAAUGUGGUAACUUCAAUAAAGUUUUUACCCUUGUAUUUGGAAAUA